AUGACCGACCACCUAUCUGAGACUGUCGACGAUCUGGUUUCUUCUAUAGACGAGCUGGAAGAUGUACUUGCUCCCCUUUUAGGUGUACCAUUGUCGGACCUUAACAAGCAGUUAUCAUCACCUCUGGACCGAGCCAAACUUCAAGUAUGGUUAUCUUAUGUUUUGAAUGACCUUGUUUGGAUACAACUCAGAGCAAAAGGGUUCAACCCAAAUAAUCUGGGAGGUGGCGAGACGCAUGAUGUGGUUCCAGAACUAGACCGUGUCAAAUCGUAUUUCGCAAAAAUAAAAGAGGCCGAAAAUCCUGCCAAGCGAACUUUGGCCGUUGACGGAAAGGUUGCGAAUCGAUUCAUUAAGCAUGCACUUUCUUCUGCAAUAUCGCAAGAGAAUUUUGCAAAGCCAACUCAUACCCGUUUUGACGAAAGCGAUAAUGUUACCGUCGAAGCUCCGGCUGCAGGACCUUCCAAGACUGAAGUUGAAGCAUCUGACGAAAGCAGUAGUAGCGACGAGGAACCUGCGGCUGGUACUUGGAAAGCCAAGAAGCGCGAUCGUGAAGUGGCUCUUGCGGCAAACAAAGUUGACCAGGACUCGAGCGAUGACGAUGAUGAGCCGAUGGAAGGGUGGGAAGAACCCGAGAUGAUUUCCUCGAAAAUUGUCUCAAGCGACUGCCCAGACUCUUCAAAUGAGCUGUUGGGGAGGCAGAAGCGACCCAAAAUAGAUCCGUUUGCUGGCUAUGAUGGAACACCUUCCAAACCGAAUAAACCAGACACAGUAAUUCCUCCAUCCGAGCCCGAGUCAAGGGCUGAGCAUUCGGCCGGUGAAGACUCUGAUACAUCUUCUCCCUCCCCCUCCGUCGGGUCUGCUGCAUCGGCUUCCACAUCUACGUCUGGACAAAAGAAGACUCGUCGAACAAGAAGAGGGGGGCGACGCGGACGGGACAAUAAGCGUCAGAAUUUGGCGAGAGAGGCACUGGAAAGGGCCGCAGUGAAAAAGUGA